UUCACACUCUCAGCUCAGCUCGGCUGCCUGCUGGAGCUCUGCCGGCGGCUCUCUUGCUCUUAACGCGCCCUCCUGACGCACAGCGCGCACUCUGGACCUGAGAGGAAAGUUACAGGUCUCAGAGAUCUACCUGCUGCUCCAGGAGGGUCAGGACCGAGCACGUGGAAUCACCUGCCUGGAGGCGACAGAGAGACUUCACUUCUGCUUGGAUUAACCUGUCCUACCUCCGUGAGCGGUUUGUAAUGAAGUCCAGAAGAUGCUUCUUUUUGCGCGCCCUAAAGGACAGAAGUGAUCUUUAGGAGGAGGAGGAGGACUGAGGAACACAGCUGAGAGGGUGACAAGAGUGUUUUAAAAGAUCCAUUUAAAGAGGAAGAGGAAGAGGAAGGAGAAACGCGCGUGAGAGUGGAGGGUAUGGAUGUUGGUGGGAUUGAGAUCCGCGUAUCGGAGCCUGCAGCUGGGAUGCACUGCGCAUCUGCGCCGCGCCGUUUCUCACCAUGAUACUGAAACAAAGCUGCACCUGACAACGAAGACCUGAAGCCAAGCCACCAGGACCCUCCAUGUCCUCUCUGCUCACGAGGAAGAUGAGUCUCUGCCAGGCCCUGACCUUCGUCCUGCUGCUGGUCGCUCCUGUCAGCCUGUCGUCCCCACAGAGUACCUGGAUUUCCCCCUGGGGUCCCUCCGGUGAGUCCUCAUCGGGUCGCUCGGCUCGAGCCCGACGGCAGCUCCACUUCAGGAACGAGUGGGCCUCAUGGAGCGUCUGGUCUAUGUGUUCACGGAGCUGUGGGAGUGGAGCCUCUGUGAGGACGCGCACCUGUAUCACCAGGAACCCAGUGGGAGGACCAUGUGCAGGAGAUCCCAGACAGUACAAGAUCUGCAACACCAAGGAGUGUCCUUCAAACGCAGAGGACUUCAGAGAGAUGCAGUGUGCUGCCUUCAAUGACCGACCGCUGGUGGCUGGAACCUCCUACAGAUGGACCACUUUUCAUGGAGGCUCUAACCCGUGUGAACUGAGCUGCCUGGCCUUGGGUCACAACUUCUACUACAACUUUGGCAGAGUGCUGGACGGCACAGCCUGCGACAAGGAGCCCGGAGCCGUGUGUGUCAACGGACGCUGCCUGACGCCCGGCUGUGACUCCAUCUUGGGUUCGAAGCAGCAGGAAGACGCCUGCAUGGUGUGUGGAGGACAAAACUCAACCUGUAUGCACCACAAGAGUGUGUACCACAGCACCGGGCUGGAGGCAGCUGGACCUUUUGGAUACAACGAAGUGGCGAUGAUACCGGCUGGAGCCACUCACAUCCGCGUCACUGAUAACAGCAGGAGCUAUCUUGCCCUCCAGAACGGGCGCUCUCAGUUCGUCAUUAACGGGAACUGGAAGAUCAGCAUUCCAGGCGAGUACAACGUGGCCGGGACGAAGCUGCUGUACCGACGCUCAGCCGACACCUGGGAGAGCUUUGAGGUACCUGGACCGACCCAGGAGGACCUCCAUCUCAUGGUUCUCGCCACAGACAAGGACACGGGGAUCGAGUACGAGUACUGGCUGCCACCAGAUCAGUACGACCUCCACCACGGGAGGAGGAGUCCACUACGGCAGGCUCACCACACGGCCAACUACCUGCCGUGGGAUCAACCUGCAACUACCACUGCAACCCCAACCACCACUAAAACCAGCACCAGAGCUCCACCUGUCACCACCCGACCCCCUUGGUAUAUUAGACCUGCAAAGCCUCCACGAAGAUCUCCUCACGGCCGCCCACCGCGCCCCCAUCAGCCCAUCCUGCCCCGCCUGGAGAGAGAAGAGAACCACGGGAACCAGCUGCCUCAGCCCUCACCUGGAAAGCAUUGUGGGAAAUGUCCUCGUGUUAAAGGUCGGAGGGAACGUCAGAAGCAGUACUGCAAGAAGGACUUUGUGUUUCGUGGUAAAGUCCUCGGGAAGCUGUACCGAGGAGAAGAGACGCGAUACGACAUCCAGAUCAUCCACACGUACCGCAACGGCUUCCGCCUGGAGCACCGGGAGUUCCUGUGGGUUCCUAAUGUGUGUGACUGCCCCCACCUGGAUGUAGGGAGGCAGUACAUCCUCAUGGUGCGUCGUCACAUUAACUAUGAGCAGACACUGAACCGCAUCCUGCUGGAGGAGGACAGCUACGUGGUGCCGUACAGACCCAGAGAGGACGAGCUCCUGCGACCGCUCGAGAGACUCUGCAACAACAGAGGACCCCGACCGCAGGGAGACCUGAGGGGCUGAGAGACAGACCGUGUGUGUGUGAGAGAGAGAGAGAGAGAGUGUGUGCGUCAGUGUUUCAUUUCUGAUGGACUCCAGAGAGGCAUGACUCCAGGAGAAUGACACCCGGGUCAUGGAGAGACGUACGAAAACGACUUUAUUUAAAAGCCUGAGCAGCUGACUUUACCUUAGAGAGCACUUUAGGUGGAAGCUUCUGCCCACCUUUAAAACACAUACCAAAGAGAAGAACAUUGACUGAAAUGACCUUUCUGUUGCUGUUUUUCACAGUUGUCAUGUUAUUUUUUGUAAUAGUGUAUUUUUGUGUAUGAGUGUAAACUAAAAGUAAAAAUCCAUCUCAGACACUUCCUAAAACUCAGAUCAAACCCUCCUGUUACGGAUUGUCACCAGGACUGGACCCAAAAGCAGAACUCAGGCAAAGAUGGAUUAUGAAAAUACAAGUCUUUCAGUUGGAGUUCACUCUGUGGUAAUGGCGCCGUGAGUACAGAGCAGAGCAGUCCCUCACACAGAGGGUAACUGGAGCUCAGGCAAAGGCAGGCAGGUUCAGCA